UGUAACGUUGUGUAGCCCCACAAAACACUGUCAUAGUGUAUUAUCCAAUCUUAUAAGUGUUUCACCAGUUGUACAAUCAUUAGUUACGUUUAUGUUUGAACUUCAUGUCCCAUAGUUCCGUGUUGUCCCUAGUUUCCCCUUGUAACUACUUCCUCCUGUGCUUGCGCAAGCUCACAACAUUGUAGAAUGCGGAUUUCGAAGCUAAGAAGAAUAGCUAGCCAGUAAGCUAAAAACAAGGUUCUUGUUGUUAGGCUUUAAACUGGAAAAAUGUCUAAAACACACUCACAGCCCCCGUCAUCUUCGGCAGCGACGACCACCGGGGGACCGUCUUCGUCCUCUUCGUCUUCGCCCGCAGGGGGCUCGACAUCUCCCGCAACCGUGUUGAACGUACAGCCCGAGAAACCUCAACAUUACACAUAUUUGAAGGAAUUCAGAACUGAGCAGUGCCCCCUGUUCGUACAGCAUAAAUGUACGCAACACAGGCCUUUCUCCUGUUUUCACUGGCACUUCCUGAACCAGCGGCGCCGCAGGCCCAUCCGCAGACGGGAUGGGACGUUCAACUACAGCCCAGAUGUGUACUGUACCAAGUAUGAUGAGGGAACGGGCACCUGCCCUGAUGGAGAUGAAUGCCCGUUUCUACAUCGGACAGCAGGUGACACAGAGCGCAGAUACCACCUCCGCUACUAUAAAACGGGAUCAUGUAUCCAUGAAACCGAUGCAAAGGGCCACUGUAGCAAAAACGGCUCCCACUGUGCCUUUGCACAUGGAUCACAUGACCUGCGCAGCCCUGUCUAUGAUAUCAGAGAAGUGCAGGUGAUGGAGUCUCAGGGAGGCUCGGGGGCCUCAGACGGAGGUGGAGGAGACGGGCAGUCAGGACAGGCAGCAAGCACUGCUCUCAUCGAGAAGAUCCUGAGUGAGGAACCACGCUGGCAAGAUAACAACUACGUGCUGUCCCACUACAAGACAGAGCUCUGUAAGAAACCACCCCGUCUGUGCCGUCAAGGCUAUGCCUGUCCAUAUUACCAUAACAGCAAAGACCGGAGGCGCAGCCCGCACAAGCACAAAUACAGAGCGCUGCCAUGUCCAGCUGUUAAACAGAGUGAGGAAUGGGGAGAUCCCAGUAAAUGUGAGGGAGCCGAGGGAUGUCAGUAUUGUCACACGAGAACAGAACAACAGUUCCACCCAGAGAUCUAUAAAUCCACAAAGUGUAAUGACAUGCAACAGUGCGGCAGCUGUCCCAGAGGGCCCUUCUGUGCCUUUGCUCAUGUUGAAAAGCCUUUUGUUUCCGAGGAACCAUCAUUCCCCACCCCCAGCUCCCCUCCGCCCCCCAGACCACCAGACCCUCUUCCUGCCCAGGAGGCCUCUUCGAGUCCAAGUGGACACAACGUGGGUCCAGGGCCUGGUUCUGUUUCAGACCCCUUUUCCCCAUCCGCAGGGUCGUGCGUAGCGGAGCAGGGGCUGCUGGGUAGCGUUCUGUCCUUGUGUGAGAGUGUGAGUGGAGCAGCUGAGCCUUUGUCUCCUUGGGCAGGAGAAGGAGGGUAUGGCAGGGCACCAGGAUUUGAGAGGGAGGAUCAGGCCAAGCAAAGGAGUUUUGCUCUAGAGCAGCGCAACAGAGAAUUGGCAUCAGCACAAAGCAAACAGGACUUGUUGGUGUUUUUGCCGGUGGGUAGCCCUUUGAGUCUGUCCUCCAGCAUCCCCUCCAGUCUGGCUGCCACCCCACCUAGCCCUGCCCCUCUGGGGCCCCCGGGAUCUGGCAUCUCCUCAGGCAUGAAUGCUAAUGCCCUGCCCUUUUAUCCCACCAGUGAGACUGUGGAGUCAGUUGUUGAGUCAGCCCUGGAUGAUCUUGACCUGAAUGAUUUUGGUGUGUCGGCGUUGGAGAGGAGGCUGGAGAGCAGCGCGGCGCUCCCCAGUGUGGGAGUUGUGCUGGGAGGUAGCCAGCUUCAGAGUUCUGCCCCAGUCAACAUCCCAGGAUCUUUUAGCAGCUCUGCUCCUUUCAGCUCCCCUUCACCAUCUCCUCCAAUCAGGCCACACGCAUCACCCUUCUUUUCCGCUAACCUGUCACAACCUGGCCAAUCAGAGGGCACCUUCUUAGGGCCAUCUCACAGCUCUUUAGGUCUGAAUGGCAUGAGCACUAACAUCUGGGAGCACUUUCCGUCAGGCCAGGGUUCCCCUGGUACACCCCCAGCCCUGCUGCCCUCUGGCCCCUGUGCAGAGACUGCCAGGCUCAAACAGGAGCUGGACGAAGCUCAUAGGGCACUGAAGCAGUGGGGUCACAGUUGGAGACACACAGCUCAGUCGUGGGCUGCGGUAAAGGCAGAUGCAGAGGAGUCACGAGCCCAUGCAGCACGAUUAGCCAUGGAGGCAGAGCGAGUCAGGCAGGCUGAGGAGGAGGCACAGAGGCAGGCUACUCUCCUGCAGGAGGCACUGGAGAGCUUAAGGAGCGGAGACAACCCCCAUCUAGCACUGCACCAACUCCAGCUACUACACAGGCUGCCCUUGGAGUCAGUUCUCAGUUUGCAGGCCCAGCUCUGUACCUGCUUACAUGCUGUAGAACAGGUGGUGUACAGGAAACAGAGACAGUGCUGUGUGACGUGUGGAGAGCCGGGCUCAGUGUCCCUGCCCUGUGGCCACGGGCUACAGUGUGAGAGCUGCUCCACCUCUACAGAGUGCCCACUCUGCCCCGAACAAACCCUGGAGCAACAGCUCUCUUGACCUCACAACCCAGUCGGAUCACCACAGAUUACAGACCAGUCAGUCCUGAUUCCACAGAUACCAGCCUUGGAUCUCAACCGCCAUUCAGAAUUAUGUCAAGGUCGUUCUAUAACUAGGUAACAACACAAGCACUGAUCGGGUUUUGUACUUUUAAGGUGGCGUUUACUGAUAAAUGACCAGCUUAGUGAGCACUGGUCACAAAGUAAAAGUUCUUAAUGUGGAAUUUAGAAUAAAUAAUUUUUCCAGUGUUAGACAUGGAGCACCAGUCUAUUUUACUAGUUAAUGCUCUUGACCAGCAACACUGUUCUUUACCCCUGUUCUUGAUUUGUGAAAGUAACUUACAGACCUGCUGUUCUUUGCUAACCUUAACUAUGAAACAUAUACAUACAUGGUUCUGAAUGAUAUUUUGAUAUGUUUUAAAGCAUAAGCCCACCCUAAAGAAAACACAUUUCUCAGUGUUAUCUCUCCAUCUGGAUAGUUUCAGAGUGAUUUGCUGAGGUUUAAAGAUGUUCACCGUCACGUUACUUCAACAAAGGUCAAUGGCAUUUGUUUGUAUUUUGACAAAGCUCCAGAACAUUUCAUAUAAAAGUUGAACAGUUAGGUCUCUUUCCAGAAAUUGAGACAGUUACUCGUGAUAAUCCACAGUUCUCAUAAACCAUAAGCCUCCAGAGUCUCAUAAUCCACAGUUAGGAGCAUUUUCUACCAGACCACACCCACUAACUGUAUAUGCUAUAUAUGGAUGAAGUACAACAGUACUUAUGGAUGAGACAGAUAUGCUUUGUGACAACACACACAUGAAUUAAAACCACAAUGGUCUUCUUGGCUGAACUAUACCUAAACUGGGCUUGGGGUACUGGUAGUAUUAUGGUGGUUCACUAUGCUGUAUGUUUACAUCCGAUUCAGGUUAUCAUGAGUAAUUGUGUUAUAAUUGCUGGAGGACGAGGCUAAUUUAUUUUUGUUGUGUGACAGCAAAGAACUCAAAACUGUCUAAAUGGAUGGAUGACACACCAGAUUUAGCAGUUUUUUAUCUAGAUUAUUGAGGGUGAUGAGCUGUUUUAAUAAAAUCAACAGGUCUGAGUGAAAACAGUUAAAGGGCAUAUUUAGUUUCAUCCAGAUGAUAAUCAUAUAUUGCUACAGCCAAAAGGGGGCCAUCAUGCCAGUCUGCUGGUAGUGUUUGUCUAGAUUAUAUUGAAUUUUUGUUGUUAAAUUUUGAAUUUUUUUUUUUUUUUAGCAAAAGGAAUUCAAAACUGUCAGUUACUGUUGAAUAAUGACAGAAAGUAUUUAAAAGUUUAGUAAUUGUUUAUAUUUCCAACAGAUGGCCUCGGUUAAAGCUCUCAGGUUUUCUCUAAUGUUUUUCUACAUAAACUGGAAGAGGAAAGCAUGUUAACACAAUCAAGGCAAAUGUACUCAGUCAACUUGUGUAGUCUUUGAAAUUACAUAAUUUUAAUUUUUACUUAAAUGCUUUUCAUGUUAACUCAAACAUACACUUUUUUAUGUUAAAACUGGCCCUUUUGCUAUGUUUAAAAUCAACAUGUGACAGGUUUCUCUGCCAAAAUCUUUACAUUUUACAUUAGUAGUAAUCUUUGACAUUUCAGUGUGUCAAAUGUAGUAUAU